CGCAAAUUAAAUCUCAAACUAUCAAGAUGGCUACAGAUUUCUCUCCUGAAAACAUUAGAAAAUUGCUCGAGUUUGGCAACUUGGAAAAGCCAGUACAAAAACAUUUGAAGAAUGUCUACAGUUGCCUUGCUAUUUCUAUGAUGAGUGCGGCUGUGGGGGCCUAUCUCACAGUCUUCAUGGGAAUCAUGCAGGGUGGAUUCCUUACAUGCAUUAUCAGCCUUGGGUUGUUGUUCUGGCUUUUUUCUACCCCCCAUAACCGUGAAAAUGUACCUAAACGACUUGGCAUAAUGGGAGCAUUCGCUCUUUUCACAGGCUUUUCUCUUGGCCCAAUUUUAAAUGCCGUGAUGUACAUUGACAGUUCCAUUGUACCAACUGCAUUCCUUGGAACCUGCGUGAUAUUCAUCUGCUUCUCUGUGUGCUCUCUCCUCAGUCCCAACAGGAAAUGGCUCUAUCUUGGUGGAUCUUUAUUCUCUGGACUCUCCAUCCUUCUUCUGCUUGGGCUCCUAAACCUUUUCAUUGGAUCCCAGCUUAUCUUUGAGCUGAGACUAUACCUGGGCCUUGGAAUCAUGUGCGCCUUUGUCCUUUACGACACCCAGCUCAUUGUAGAAAAAUGCCGCAGAGGAGAUGAAGAUUUUAUCUGGCACAGCAUCGACCUCUUCAUUGACUUUAUCCAGAUUUUCCAAAAACUCAUGAUCAUCCUGGCUAACAAGGAAAACAAGAAGAAGAGGAGGGACUAAGCUGUUCUUCUAAACUGUUUUACACUGGAUUUAUAAACUUUAUUUGAAAUACCCCAAGGAAACAACCUCACAACCAGGACACACCCUGAAUCCCAGGAAAUAUCUUGAUCCCUGAGAAACUUCCGUACUCCUGGCAUCACUUGGUUCUGAAACAAACUUGAGAAAAUU